CUCCAUUUGCUGAUGUGUCUUACCUGUCAAACUGCAAGUCGAAAGUUAAAAGUUCGCAGUUGUUUUGUCGUUUGAUAAGCCUGAUAAGUAACAAGGAUGUCGAAGGACGCCAAUCCCAAGGAGGCGCUGAUCAAGGCGGCCUACGCCGAUGUGCACAAGUUUGGCAACAAUCGCGAGUUCGACAAGGCCGUCAAGGCGGUGAAUCGCAUCUUGGGCGUUGCUCCCGACGAUCCCACAGCCCUCCACUGCAAGGUAGUGUGCCUGGUGCAGCUUUCCAAGUUUGAGGAGGCGUACAAGUUCAUCGAGAAGAAUCGCCUGUCCUCGCUGGCUUUCGAGAAGGCCUACUGUGAGUAUAGGCUCAAUAAGCAGGUGCAGGCUUUGAAGACCAUCGAUGAUACGGGACUGCAGCCCCUGCCCCCGAACUUGAAGGAGUUGCGCACCCAGGUGUUGUACCGCCUGGAGCGUUAUGACGAGUGCCUCGAUGCGUAUCGCGAUAUCAUCAAGAACACCAGCGACGACUACGAAGACGAGCGCCGGACCAAUCUCAGUGCAGUAGCCGCCAACCUCGCCGUGGAUAAGAACAAGGAGGUGCCCGAGGUGCCGGAGGACACCUAUGAGCAGUACUUCAACAGUGCCUGCAUUCAGUCGAACCGCCAGAAGUAUGCUGAGGCGGAACGCAAGCUGCGCACCAGCGAGAAGCUCUGCCGCGAGUUCCUCGAGGAGGAGGGUGCUUCAGAGGAGGAGAUAACCGAGGAGGUGGAUGUCAUCCGUGUUCAGCUAGCCUACUGCCUGCAGCAGCAAGGCAAGAUCAAGGAAGCAGCCACUAUCUACGCCGACUGUUUGCGCCACAAACCCAAGGAUGCUGCAUUGGUUGCAGUGGCCAGCAAUAAUUCAGUGGUGAUCAACAAGGAUCAGAAUGUUUUCGACUCCAAGAAGAAGAUUCGUGCCGCCCUAGCAGAUGCCUGCGAGCCUAAGCUUACUUCUCGCCAGAAGCAGGUCAUCGCACUCAACAACUGCCUAUUGGCGCUCUACACGAACGCCGGCGACCAGGUGCAACAACUGAGCCAGAAGCUGGCACAAACCUACCCGCAAGUGGAGUUUGAGGCGCUGCUUAUCCGUUGCACCCAGCUGGCCAAGGACCGCAAGCACAAGGAAGCCAUUGAACAGCUACAGAAGUUUGCAUCCACCCACAAGUCGCAUGCCUUUGUGAGCAAGUUUGCCAUCAUCCAGCUGCAGCUUCUUCAGGGAAGUCGCAAGGAGGCUAUCGAAACUCUGCUGUCUUUGGGCGAGUCCAAGUACAAGCCUGGAAUCGUAUCCGCCCUGGUGUCGCUCUACUUGGGUACGGACAACAAGCCGGCGGCCUCAGCUCUGCUCAAGUCGGCUGUCGACUGGUACAAGAAGAACAACGUGAGCAGUGGGGACUUAUCAGACAUGUGGCGACAAGCUGCUGAGUUCCAUCUGCGUGGAGGAGCCUCCGAAACAGCGGCCAGCUCGCUCGAAGAGCUUCUCAAGCUUAAUCCCAGCGACACCAAGGUUCUGGCACAGCUUGUUAUUGCCUAUGCCCAGUUUCAGCCCAAGAAAGCCCUCGAGAUUAGCCGAAAAUUGCCCAAGCUUGAGACCCUUACCACGGCGUCGGAGAUCGAUGCCUUGGAGGCGGCCAACUGGGUGAUGUCCACCAAGGCAGCCAAGAAGUCGGCUAAUGCCAAGGUCGAGCCCUCCCCCAGUACUCCUUCGGAAAAGAAGAAGAGCCAAAACCGGAAGCGCAAGGGCAAGUUACCCAAAAACUACAAUGCCGAAGUGGCUCCCGAUCCAGAGCGGUGGUUGCCCAAGUACGAGCGAACUGGAUUCCGAAAGAAGCGCGGCGGAGCACGCGGCAAGGAUGUCAUCAAGGGCUCUCAGGGCAUGGCCUCCGGAGCUGCUGAUCAAUACGAUAUGUCCAACCGCGUUAACUUGAGCAAGAAUUCACCCGUCACGCCCGUCUACCAGGAAACAACCCCAGGUCCCAGGCAACAGCACCGCAAAGGAGGCCACAAAAAGAAGAAGGGCGGACGUUUCUAAUUGAACAUCGACUGCCGAUAUAUCUUUUUUUUUACUUCCCAACGCCAAUUAUAUAAACCGAUCUUGCAUGUUA